AUGGAUUGGUUUGGUCAACCGCUAUUUUGUGGUGCUGCUGCUGGAUUGGUUGCAGACUUAACAUUAUAUCCACUGGAUACUAUUAAGACUAGACUACAGAGUUCUGAGGGAUUUACUGCUGCAGGUGGAAUGCGAAAUAUUUAUCGUGGUAUGGGAUCGGUGAUCAUUGGUUCUGCGCCGAGUGCUGCGCUAUUCUUUUCUACGUAUAAUGCGCUCAAGCGAGUAGCCGCAGUGGCUGUGAACGCAGGUGCAGCUUGUGUUUCGGAAGUUGUUGCUUGCGUUAUACGGGUACCCACCGAACUGGUGAAACAGCGUGCGCAGACAAAGCACGUCAAUAAUUUGGGCAUAAUUUGCCGAAUGAUUUAUAAUCAAAGUGGACUUCUCGGAUUUUAUCAGGGUUUCUUCAUUACUGUGUUCCGCGAAAUUCCAUUUUCGCUUAUUGAAUACCCUCUUUGGGAAGUUUUAAAGCAAAAGGUGGCAGGGGUGUGGAGAAGACAGUGCACGCCGCUGGAAUCAGCAGCAUGUGGCAGUAUAUCAGGAAGUAUAGCUGCAGCCGUGACGACACCUUUUGAUGUAGUAAAAACGCAUAUAAUGUUGAAUGAGAGCACUUCACGUCCAGGGAUAGCAGCAACAUUGGCAAAAAUAUGGACAACAUCUGGAUACCGAGGACUUUGUGUUGGUGUCUUGCCUCGUUCCGCUUCGACAGGUAUCGGCGGCUUCGUUUUUUUUGGCGCCUAUGACACGGCUAUGCUACUUAGUAGAAACUUAUUUACCUAG